AUGCUCCUCCACCACCUCCUCCUAGCUCUCGUCUCCACCUCCCUCGCAUCCGCUGCCUCCAGCGGCUGGUCCGUCACAAACGGCAAAGCCUCCCUCACAACCCGUGCAAACUCCAAACUCUCCACCGAGCUCUUCGACUCCACCACCACCCCCUCCUCCUCCCACACCUUCGACAUCGGCACGGGCGAACGUUUGAGUCUAUUGUUUACCUGCAAAAACGAGGGAGAAGGCGCGAGGCCGCAUCAGGCGUAUGUGUUGGUUAGGGAUGAGGUCACGGGGUUGGAGAGUGCUGUUGUUGCGAGUGUGAGGGAGUCGGGGAAGGCGAAAGUCGAUGUUGAUCCGAGGAAUUUGCCGGCGCCGCUCAAUGGGGUUGCGACGCCCCUCACACUCACCCUCGCCAUCGCGUCGAAGGGGGAUUCGAAACCCUUGCUCUACCAACUCGGCAAAAUCGCGAAUAAGAACCCUACCAAGCCGGAGGCGGAGGCGAAUCCGGUGCGGUAUGGACCUUUGCCAGAGAUCACACAUACUUUCCGCUCUGAGCAGGAUUUACCGCCCAGGAUCAUCUCUAUGGGAUUUGCUGCUGCCGUGAUUGCCUGCUUCCUCGCUCUCAUCGUCUCCUGGACCUCGCUCGACGCCAACCUGAGCCUCCUCCCACGCCGCCUCGCCGCUGCUCCCCUCUCUUCUGCGAUGUUCAUCGGCUCCUUGAUCGGGUUUGAAGCUCUGCUUGCUUGUUAUUGGUUGUGGAUGAGGGUUGGGGAGGUGUUGGUGAUCGGAGCUGGGUUGGGAGUUGUGGGAUUUUUGGGGUAUGUUGGGGUUGCGAGGGGCGUGAAGGAGUUCUAA